AUGACGACGCCGUGGACGCCCGCGGGCGAGGCCGCGUACCGGGCGCUCGUGCUGCAGCGCAACCAGAACCCGUCGCCGGUCGACGAGGAGGCCGCGUACGAGACCAUGGCGCCCGAGCCCCACUCGAGCACCGGCCUGCGCAUCCCGCUGCCGCAGGUCGUGCGCCGACUCCUCACCGACACGAUGGUCUCGACCGACCGCGAGCCGUACGAGGACCAGACGACGCCCACCAACGUCCUCACGGACGUCGUCGACAACCACACGAUCGCUAUCAACAAGGAGGCGCUGCGCAAGUCCAUGGUCAACUCGACCAUCACGAACGCGUCGGCAGGCCGGCGUCGGCGCCCCAACGACCUGCCCAACUUCCCCGUCCCGCGCGUGACGAUCCAAGAGACGCAGCGCUACACGUUCGCCCUCAUCUUGCGCAAUACGAAGCAAGUCGCUCGGCUGUACAAGUCGCGGCUGCGCGGCGUGACGGACCCCGUGACGCGCGCGCACUUGACGCCAGCCGACAUUUCAGCGCACGUUGCCGCGCUGCAGCAAAAGUGCUUGCGGCGGCUCGUCCAGUCGGGCCUCGGCGUCAUCUUGCUCGACAAUGACAUUUACGUCGAGGAGCGGGACGUGACGCAUGCGCAGACGGACAACAUUUGCAUCCUCGUCGACCCGUACAAGAGCAAAGGGCUGCUGCACCUCGAGUUCAUGCGCGAGAAGGACGAGUUUGCGAUUGCCCAAGGCAACGCGACGUCGCGGCUCGGUGAAGCGCGCCUGCCGAUCACAGGCUCCAAGGACAUUUGCUUCUCGCCGGCGCUCGAGCUCCAGCUCACGCACAACAUCAUCCGAAACGCGCUGCGCGACUACGACCAGGACGAGGCGACGAUCGACCGGCAGUGCAUCCCGACCGUCGACGACGUGAUCCACGCCGUGUUUCCGCUGCACGACAAAAAGUUUAGCAAGGACUUUUUCGAAAUGUACCGCAAACGCACGUUCCAAUUCAAGUGGGGCCGCACGAUCACGGGUAACUCGGAGCGCUGGGCCAUUGAAGAGCUGCGUCUGCAUUUUGGCGAGCGCAUUGCGUUCCUCUUUGCGUUCAUGCACAUUUACACCAAGGCGCUGGUCCCGAUCGUGGUCAUCGGCACCGUCUACUACAUCACGUGCCGGUACUUUGUCUCGCAGUCGUGGAGCGUCUACAUGAUUGGCCUCUCGGUCUUUGGCUUUGGCAUUGCGACGAUCUGGGCGCCGAUUCUGCUGCACGUGUGGGGGCGCGAGACGCGGCUCCUUGUCGAGAAGUGGAACCUCGGCGGGUACAAGCAGACAGUGUUUGAAGCCAACGAAGAAAACUCCAACUACCAGUACACGUGGGAGCAGAACAUGCUCACGCAGCAGUGGGAGAAGACGCCGAAGCACGGGAAGCUCGAGAUGCUCCGGACCACCAUGGGUCUCUUUGUGGUCGUGAGCUGCAUCGUCCAGUGCAUUUUGCUGCUGCCGUUCAUCCAGUGGUACGUCUACGCCAAGCAACUGCCCAUGUGCAGCGACUGUCGCGCGGGGCUUACCAAGAACCCAAAGCCCACCGACCUGUCGAUUCUCGACUGCGUGUAUUUCGUCACGUGCUUCAAUUCGGAGACGUCGACGAUCGGGUCGGACCGCUGGGUUUACAUCCUCGCACAGGGCAUCGCGCUCGGCCUCGUCAUCGACGUCAUUUUUUUCGAGUUUUUCAACUGGCUCUCGGCCAAGUUUGUCGAGUGGGAAAACUGCGAGAAGAAAUCCGAGUACGAAGCACGGCUCAUCCACCGGUCGUUUGUGUUUGUGUGGUCCAACUGGUUCUUCUGGUUCCUCUUCCUCGCGUUCGUGUACCUGCCGUUCGGCGACACGAUCAGCCAAAAGUUUAUGGUCGACAUUGUCGGUCUCGUCGGGUGGACGUGGACGCCAGGGGUGCUGACGAUCGACACGCUCUUUGUGACGCCGCUCGUCGUGACGCAGUUUCUCAACAUGACGCUCGAGACGCUGGUGCCGUACCUCAUGAAGAAGUACCGCGGAAGGCCCUUCAGCAUGCGCAAGUGGUUCAGCACGUGGAACUGCACGCUGCGCCGCGACAAGCGCAAGCACAUGCAGCGCGCGACCGACAACAAGUCGGCGCGCAAGCUCGCGGCCGACGUCUCGGCCGUCACGCGCUUCUUUGUGCCCGUCCUCGAGCGCUCGGACGACGACAACCAGCACACGGCGUACGAGAUUGUGGCCGAGUCGACGCUGCCGGUCUUUGAUCCCAAGUUUGACUACCUCGACGCGGCCAUUCAGUUUUCCUAUGUCGUCAUGUUCUCGGUCUGGGCGACGGCACUGCAGUACGCCAACAUCAUUGGCAUCACAAUCGUGGCCAUCUUCAUCGUCAUGUACCACUCGCAAGCGUUUUACAACCAGUGCAAUUACGACUUUUCGGUUGCGGUCAUGGUGCCCAUCUUUUCGCUCAACGCGACCGAGUCGAAGGACCCCGUGAGCUGCAAAGCGUUCCUCGAGAGGAAGAGCGACAUCAUUUUCCACCAAGUGUUUGCUUUCAUCAUCCUCGAGCACGUCGGCUUUAUCAUUCGGUACCUCGCGACGCAGGGCGACAAGGUCCCGCGCUCGAUCGGCAACCCGAGCUACGUGCGCCUCAAGCAGCUGCGCGAGCUCGCGUCCAAGCGGUCAGCCGUCGUCGAGCAGUUUGAGUACAUGAAGCAGCUGCGCGUCGUUUUCGACAAGCACGACCGCGAUGGCAUCGACCACUUGUACGAAGAAGAGCUCGUGUCCUUCCUCGCCGAGUGGGUCGGCACGGACAAGUCGAAGCUUGCGCCGUAUGGCUCGAUCCUCUUUCGCUACAUGGACAAGAACCGGCUCGGGAAGGUGCCCUUCUCCACCUGCUGCCUCAUGCUCCGCCACGCCGAGUACGACCGGUUCUUCUCGGUGCUCCUCGGCACUUGCGACUCGCUCGACAACUUUCGCAACGACCGCAUGCGACUCUCGCUGGCGGACGAAGGUCUUGGCGCCCACGCCCGGCACCUCUCGCGGUACCAGUCGCUCUCGAGCCACACGCCUCGCCAGAGCCACGACGGCUACGACGGCGUACCCAGCGACGACGACGAUUCGUCGUUUGUGUCGCUCCGACUGCGGCACGCGUACAAGUCGGACGACGAGACGCCAACGACCAACGUUUAG